AGUGGUACAAUGAAAGUGGUAAACAUGUAAUUUCCCCACUUGAAAUUCAUAUUUAGACAAUGUAAAUUCUUAUAGAUUAAGCAAUAGUUAUAAAUGUGAUGCUUUUUGACACAAACUUGUAAAAAGUUUAGCGGUAAAAUGAUGUUAGUAACAUUCGAUGUUUGUUUUGGGUGAAAUUUAAUUGCAUUAAUUUAAAAGUGACAAAGGUGCUAGAAGGCCAGCCCAAGAUUUGAUACAAUAAAGCUAAUAAUUUAUUUAUUAUAAUAAAUAGAACCCUUUUGAACUAAGCCCAGUAGAGAGUGUGGCUUUCAGAUGGUAAGUGGUAACAUAACAUUGGAUAUUACAUUCAAAACUGAUAAGAAAGGUAAAAGAUGAAAAUUAUAUUAAAAAAUAACAUUUUAGUAUAUUAUUUACAAAAAAAGAUAAUGAAAGAUUUUUAAAACCAUAUAUUAUCAGUUAUUUAAAAGCAUAUUGAAUGUACUAAUAAAAAUGUUGGUAAAUGUUUUUGAAAUAAAAUGUCAAAGACAAGUUUGAUAUAUUUUCCUCCUAUACAUAUAUAUGUUGAGCCCGAUAAGCCGAUAACAAAACCCAUUUAUUGGGCUUAAUUGCGGAACAAUAACCCAUACUAAAUUCAGAUCCACUUAAAUUAAUGGUAUCAAUUUAUUCAUCCGAAAGUUGAAUAUAAUAAAAUAAUUUAUUUAUCCCUGUCUGUGUCUCAGUAGUAGACUGUAGUCAUCUUCUUCGGAGCCCCAACCCCAAAUUCGAAAAUUCAAAAUCCCGCCUUCCAGAAACCCUAACGACGACGGCGACUAUCUCCGCCGUAAAAUCGUCACUCCAUCUACGUGAUCUAAUUCUCUGUAAGGUGAUUUCUCUAUCAGAUAGGGUUUAGGGAAAAUGGAACGUUACAUGACCAGAAGAGAUACUCUUGUUAGAGAAAAAGUUAAAGAAGAAGAAGAUGAUUGUGAACUGGAUCUACUCUACCUUGUACAUUCUGAUAUCUCGUCUCUUCUUCACCAGAUUGAUGAGCUCGUUGUCAAAGCCACAAAGCUCAAAACUUUGAGCAAACAAGAAGUUGAAUCCUUCAGAUCUGUCUUGUCCCAUAUGCAUUCCUCACUAAAGCCAUGGUUUCCUCGGUUACAAGCAGCCAUAUCCAGUUCUCAAUUGCUAUCCAAGGUACAGGAAGAACAGUCUUUGAUGAGCAAAGAAGAAUUGUAUGAUGUUGAGAGUCCUGAGCCUACUGGAUUUGAGCCCUUAGUCUCCCCUUCUCCUCUCGUGGCAUGGCGUUGUGGUGAUCAUAACCCCGACAAGGGUAGACAGCUCUUUAUGUUGACACCACUCCCCUUGCGAAAAUCUGAAUUCCUUAAAUCCAAGCUGAAAUCCAAAAGGGUCUUUCCAAAUCCCGCUGCAACUCAACCGCUUCAAGCUUCUAAAGAGACAAGUGACUGUGGUCUAGGAGUUGAGUCGUUGAAGGCUGCAGGACUUGGUAACUCUUUAGUCCCUGUCAUGGAUUUGUCUGAAAGUUUGGUGGAGUCUGAGCCAUUGCCUUCAGUGAUAAUUCAGUCUGAGCUUCUGAUGACCCCUUGCUUAAAGAUGUCGUCUCCGAAAACUCGUACACUGUUUAAACCGGUUCCUCAACGGGGAAAGCAAGAGGCUUGUAAGUCCACCUGCUCUGAAUUGGGAGCUAGCACUUUUAAUGGUUCACAGAGCUCUGAGUCGUCUGGCAUUGAUGAAACAGACGACCUCUAUUCCAAGUAUCCAGAGCUUAUGGGGUUAAAACAUGCUCCAAUAGCUAGAAAAACCGAUCUUGAAGCCUCGCCGGUUUGGUGGUUUUCUCCUCCCAAAACAUCUGUUUUAUUGGAGCCACCUGUGAAUGAGAAAAAACCAACUGAUGAAACCGGUGGAUCAACAACAGUAUCCUCAUUUGCUUUUACAAACGUUAAACCAGAAGCAGCACACACGAAAGAGGCAAGCAGGUCAAUGGUGGUUGAGAGUACACCAUUGAUGAAAGAAGCAGAGAGUGUAAUGACCAAAAACAGACCAAGAGCGGGUGAGAGUACUCUAAAGAAAGAGCUGUGGACAAGGUUCGAAGAAGCAUCAAUGCAUGAAAACCGUUUCAGCUCGAUGACGACAACGAUGAGGGGGAAUAAGAAGAAAGGGUUUAUGGAAAUGUUAGAGGAAGUGUGUGGCAAUGAGGAACACGAGUUAAAUUGAUGGUCGAAGCACAAUAUAGUCUACGUAUAACUUCACUUCGUUUGUUUGUAAUUUUGUCAAUCGUGCGGUUCAAUCUUUCUUUACCAUAUUGUGAAGUUAUAUGUGCUUCAAAUUCUCCCAUAUAUUGAAUUGAAUAUACCCUCUUGAGUGGAUUAACCAGUGUGAUUUUAUGUUUAGGUUAUUUUUCGAUCU